GUUGCUUAGUCUCUUGUCAUUGUAUUUGCGGGUUUCUCUCAUCUUGUCCUGCAACUAACUAGGGUUUUUCUUUUUCUCCUCUGAACUCUCACAUCCAAUAGUAAAUUCCCCAAGAAUUCUCUGGGUGUUCUUCACAGACUUCUUUUUCACUUUCAUCAUUAAAAGAAUAUAGAUCUUGAAAGAGCUUCUACAACAAGGGCGAAAAAAAAGAGAAAAUCAUCAUCAUCAAUCAUGGCGUCUUCAAGCUAUUCGAAUUCACCCUGCGCUGCCUGCAAGUUCUUGAGAAGGAAAUGCAUGCCGGAUUGCAUCUUCGCGCCGUAUUUCCCACCGGAAGAGCCUCAAAAGUUCGCGAACGUUCACAAGAUAUUUGGGGCAAGCAACGUGAGCAAGCUUCUGAAUGAGGUGCAACCCCAUCAGAGGGAGGACGCCGUGAACUCUCUGGCGUACGAGGCGGAGGCGCGAAUCAAGGAUCCGGUCUACGGCUGCGUUGGGGCCAUUUCAGUGCUCCAGCGGCAGGUGAUUAGGCUCCAAAAGGAACUUGAUGCCACAAAUGCAGAUUUGAUCCGCUAUACCUGUAAUGAGAUGACAACUUUGCAAGAUGGGAGAAGAAUUGGUGAAGCUUCUUCCACUUUUUCUCAUCAAUCUCCUAGUGCUUAUUAUUAUCCAUCUCCUUGGAACAAUGAUCCUUGUGCUGGGGAUGCUGGAUUUCACAGAGGAGGUGGUAACCAUAUGUGAUCAUUAUUAUCUUAAUGAUCAAUCUUAUAUAUAUAUAUAUAUAUAUAUGUGUGUGUGUCUGUUAUGUUAUAUGAAUUUUCAUAUCCCUCUUAUUUUAGGGUUUCUCGUAUUUUAUGGUACUUGUUAAGAUGAAGGAGGGUUUGUGUGUGUAUAUAUAUGGGGUUCUAUACAGCCUACAGGCAUAUGAAAUAUAUAUAUAUAUAUGAAAAUAAUGAGACAUGUUGUUGUGAGAAUAAUAUUGACCUUUGUAUA